AGAAGAAAAACAAACAAAGCUACUAUAAAAAAAAAAUACCACACCUUUCCUAGCUACUGCUAUUUUGAAACAGCAAGAUUUAUACAUUCACUAAACUACUGUCAUGGCAGGUCUUGUUAGAGAGCCAGUGAAGGUGGUGAUAAUCAACACGGAGUACGUGCAGACAGAUGCGAGUAGCUUCAAGUCAGUGGUGCAAAAGCUCACAGGCAAAGACUCUGCACCGUCAGGAAAUAGGGAUGAGCUAAAGAUGGGUUUUUCGAGGAAGUUGGAAUCAAGGGAUCAGAUCAGGGAAAAAAGGGUUCGAUUGGACGUGGAUGAUAAUGCGUCAUAUGCUAGUGGUGAUCCAGUUUUGGUGAGAGAUUCAUCGUUUAAGGAGUUUGAAAUAUUGCUCAACGAGAUGCCAUCUGUGGAUGAAUUAUACCGGUUAUUAUGUGCUGAUAUUUAGCUCAUGCGCCUAACUCUUUCUUCAUUCGUCAUUUGUGUUUAAUGUUGAGAUAUUACAGAUUCUUCAACACUAUAUAUAUAUAUAUAUAUAUAUAUAUAUAUCCUUGUUCGUUUUCAUGGCUUGCAAGCACGGAUUCAUUAGUGCUGUAGAAAGAGUUAGCAUUUACUGGAAAUUAGCAAGAAAACUGGAGCUAGCAAAUAGGGAAAGCAAAGUUAAAAAUUAAAGAUCAACAAAAGAAAGAUACAAUCUGCAUUUCUUGCAGUUGAAUAAA